ACUUGAAAAAUUGGCUUAAUUUGAAAUGUUACGAACAUUGGAAAGAGCGAAAAUAUUUUUGAACAGUCAAAGUCUAGGUCAGCAUGCCCGAAGUCUUGUGGCUCAAGCACAACCAUCAGUUGAUACAAAAGUUAAGAAUGAAGAAAUCGAUGCACUUCCUUAUGGCAGCAUUCCAGCAUUUACGAGAUUUCAAUUGACCAGAAGAUUUCUUCCUGGUGGAAAAUAUUUUCAAAAAUCAUUUUAUGAAAUGCAUAAACUAAUGAGGGAAGAGUUUGGAGAUAUCGUGAAAUUUCCAGCAAUAUUUGCUACGCCAGAAAUGGUUUGGAUUUUUAAUGUCAAAGAUAUCGAAAAAAUGUUCAGAUUUGAGGGUCCAAUUCCAUAUCGUCGAACUUUCGAAACACUUCAACAUUAUCGAAAAACAAUUCGACCUGAUAUUUAUGGUGAUUACGGAAGUUUAUUUACAGAACAAGGUGAAAAGUGGUAUAAAAUGAGAACACUUGUCAAUCCAGUUCUUUUGAAGCCAACAACAGUAAAGCUUUAUAUUCCGCAAGUUGAUGAAAUUGCAAAGGAAUUUGUUGAGAUGAUUCUUUCGAAAAGAGAUGAGACUAAUGAAGUGCCAGCACAAUUUGGUGACUACAUAAACAUGUGGAGUUUAGAGUCAAUAACAUGCAUAUCAUUAAACCGUCGUUUGGGUAUUUUAAAUCAAAAUUAUCAUGACGAGAAUGCUGAAAAGUUGAUAAAGCUGAUAAGAGCAUUCUUGACUGACGUAUAUGACUUUGAAGUUAAUCCAUCAGUUUGGAAGUUUUACGAGACAAAAGCUUUUAAGAAGUUGAUGGAAGUUUACGAUGGGAUGACAAACAUCAUUCUACAUUACGUCGAUAAAGCGAUUGAAGAUAUAAAAGCACAGCCAAAGGCAGAUGAUCAUGAAGAGAGUAUUUUGGAGAAGCUUAUAAAAAUAAAUAAGAAUGCUGCUGUUAUAAUGUGUGUUGAUUCAUUGAUUGCCGGUGUCGAUGCAACAUCAUCAGCUUCCAUUGGCAUCUUAUAUUGCUUGGCUAAGAACCAAGAUAAACAAGACAAACUAAGAGAAGAACUUAGGAAGAUUUUACCCAAUAAAUCUGAUGAUUUAACACCAGAAAAAAUGAGAAACAUGCCAUAUUUACGGGCAGUUAUUAAAGAAGGGAUACGUCUAUACCCUCCCACUGCAGCAAACACGCGAGCUGCAGGAAAGGAUAUAACUUUGGCUGGUUAUCAAAUACCCAAAGGAACGGAGAUCGUCGUUGCCUCUACGCUUGCCCAUUAUGAUGAACAAUUCUUUCCGCAAGGGCGAAAAUUUAUUCCUGAACGAUGGCUUAAAGACAACACUGAUCCUGAAUGUCCACGCGUAAAGAAUGCAAAUCCAUUUAGUUUUAUUCCCUUUGGAUUCGGACCGAGAAUGUGUGCUGGUCGAAGAAUUGCUGAACUUGAGAUUGAAGCAUUAUUAACCAGAAUGAUUCGUGACUAUCGAAUUGAAUGGCACCAUUCAGAUUUGAAGAUCAAAAGCGUUAUGGUUAAUAUUCCAGAUGGCGAUUUAAAGUUUAAAAUAACAGAAGUUUGAAACACGUUUUUUGAAAUGUAAUUUAAUUUUUUCAUUGAUAUCGUCUAUUAAAACAAUUUUAUGCUUCGUUAAAUUUUCAUCACGUUGCAACUUAAAAUGACGAUUUUAAUUAAAUGUUUUAAUGAAAUUUAAAGUUAGAGAUACUUCUGGGAAAUGUGAUAUGAAAUGAUUGAGUAAUCAAAUAUUGAAUUGUGACAAAUAAAAUGUUAAAACUUGUCGGAAAA